CCCAUUGACGAUGAAAGAAACCCUGAAUAUAUUACAAUCCCAUAUGACGCAAAAUUCAUUGCAUACAUUCCUUAUGGUCGCAGAGGAACGAAAACUAUUUCAACAAAGAACAAAAAUUAUUUCUGGAGCGAUGAAGAAAAUUGCCUUAUCUACAUAAAUGCAUACUUAAAUAAAGCUACAUAUUGUACAAAAGAAGGUUGGACUGGAUUUGAGCUCUACAUAUACGACGACGAUGGAAACAGACGUUGUGUAUACCCAUACGAUAAUAUGUACCAUUGUUUUCAUCAUGCAUUAAACGAAUACAUAGUCAGUAAGGGUCUCAUUCCUGUUGAGUAG